AUGGGUGAACGGGAUCUCAAUACAGAUGUCAAGCCCGUUAGCGGAGAGGUGCCCACGCAGGUGAAAAAUGAUGGCUUCGUCACGGACGCUUUUACUCUAUCGGACGCGGAAAAAGUGCAUGUGCAGAACGGCAUCCUGAAUCUUUGUUUGUCUUCAAAAAUGCCUGUAGUAAACAGGGCGUAUGAGAGCCCACCUGCUGUUGAGACAUUUUCGCCACCCUUGGUUCCGAUCCCACCUGUGGAAGCCUAUGUGCAGGAGGUCCUGAGAGAAAUGGCGAAGCUGAUUGAAGGCGACGACCUUGUGAAAUCCAUAGCCAAGACACGCGACGAGUUGCUGCCCUUUAAGGGCGGUGUGGCCGUUUUUGAGGUUCCUUGGUUUGCCACAAUGCGUGAUCGCGCCUUACGCGCCAUAGAGGCUGUGAGGGCGCGAGUUCAACAGUCACCUGAGAAGCAAUUCUCCUUGUCUGACGGAGAUGCCGACAUCGACGUUGAAGUCGCACGGAGGUUGUUUGUGCCGCAACUAGGCGAAAUAACGGGAAAGGUCCUGCACAGGUACCAUUCCAUGUUAUACUUUCACAGGAAGCGUCUUCCUCAUGAAAUGAGUGUUAUUUUUGCUCAGUUGAACGAGCGAUUGACGCAAACUGUUCUAGCAACGCGGGCUGGGUGUUCGCAGCAGGCGUAUGCGUCGUCGCUGGUGGAGCUGGAGGGUGUCCUGCUGCACGAUUUUGGGUUGUGGAUUUCAUUCAUUUUUCCGUACUUUAAAUAUGCGUUCUCCUCCGGGAUACCGAUGCAGUUGCUCUGGCAGGAGACCGCCGUUAUCUGUAAGGAGGAGGUGGCGUUUCAGGUGUACACCACAGCCACGCGGGUAAACUUGCAGAGCAAGGGCAACCACAUAGGGCGAGGUGCACUUUUUCCUGUGAAGUGGAUGCAAGAGCUGUUGCAAUGGCUCUGUAGCAACAAGGAGGAGGACGCCCCGCCUCCCGGUCCCUUUGACACCCUUCAACUGGUGGAGUUAUCGUCGGAUCACCCAGUGAAGCAUGUGGUACGAGAGGACAAUUCAGAGUUGGAUAUUAUCCCGGAGGAGCUCUUUGAGCUGCUUUGGAGACACUUUGGAGGCGGUCCAAAGUAUCUGGUGGAGGGUAAGUUUAAAAUGCUGCGGGACGUUGAAGCGCGCCUGAGACCUCGGCGCGCAACGCUUGCGUUUGUGUUUGGUGAGGCACCCUCUCCGUCGGUGUUCUUGGAGCGCGUUCUGCACCGCGCCAAAGUCUCUGAAGUGAUGCAGCGGGCCAUGCAGAAGCUUCAGAAAACCCCCUCCUCUCAGUGGGGACGUUUAGAUUCAGCAGAAUGGCACGCCGCAUUAUGCACUGAUGAUGGCGUAAAUAUUUGCGUUACACAUGUUAAGGGUGCUCCGCUGGAGCCGCCGCAGUCGCUCUCAAACCUGAGUGCCAUAUCUGUUGGAGAGGUGUUGGAACAAGUGCGGGCCGCUCCGUCCACGGGAACGGGCCGUAAAGCUCCAGUGCUUCGCUUCAAACUCUGCUUGCGGCAACGGAUAGACAGCAUGCGGUUGGAGAGGUGUGGUGUGUGCGGUCUUUUAAACAUUGGCAACACUUGUUACAUGAACAGUGCAUUGCAGUGCCUCUUUAACAUGCGGGCCGUGCGGCAUGCAAUUUUGUCCAUCCCCCUCUCGGAGUGCCGGAAUCCUCUUGUCACGCGGGAGAUGGUGUGCCUUUUGCGUAACAUGUGGUCAGGCGUGCAACAGGUUGCCGAAACAUCCAAAUUGAAAACGACAUUUGGACGAGAGGUAAGACGCUUUGAUUCGUACGAGCAGCAAGAUGCCAUGGAAUUUAUUGAGACGCUUCUUGACUGCAUGCAUGAGGAGACAAAGAAGAUCACUGGGAAGUGUCAGCGGGAGGUGCGUGACUCCGACGCGUCUAUUCCUGCGCCGCAGCUGUCGAAAAUCCUUUGGCAGGAUUUUCUUAACAACAACAAGAGCUUCAUCUCCGAACUCUUUUUUUUCAGACUAGCACACGCUUGGAGUGCCUGA